CCUCCCUCGCCCCGGCCCAGAUUCACAUCCGGGGCUCUGGGCCCGGCUCUGCCCGAGCGGAGGCGCCGUGUGGGUCCCGCCGCCAGGCGCGGUCUGAAUAAAGUUCUGCCGAGAGCGAGGCUGCGGCCCAGGCUCAAGGGCCGGUCUCUGAGCGUCCGAUGAGUUGAUGUACCCUCUGGAAAACCUCUGCAUACCCCUGAUUGAGAACCACUGCUCCAGAGUAUUGCCCUUGGAACUUGCUGGUUACCCAUAUCCCUCAAUUUGUCUGUAUCUACCUUUUGGACUAAAUUAGAAGAAUCGUCCCUUUUGCUUUAUAAGUGACAUCUAUUCAAUCAGGUGUUGUCUUCCAAGAAAUAAUACAGUUGAUCAGUUGCUUCUUGUAGACAUUGACAUUUAUUUAUAGAAAGGUUUUCUGAAGACUUGUCAAAUGACGUCAAUGGCCAGUUUGUUCUCUUUUACUAGCCCAGCUGUAAAGCGUUUGUUGGGCUGGAAACAAGGAGAUGAAGAAGAAAAAUGGGCGGAAAAGGCAGUUGAUGCUUUGGUAAAAAAGUUGAAAAAGAAAAAGGGUGCUAUGGAAGAAUUAGAAAAAGCCUUGAGCAGUCCUGGACAACCCAGCAAGUGUGUUACUAUUCCUCGUUCUUUAGAUGGGAGACUUCAAGUUUCUCACAGAAAAGGCCUGCCCCAUGUUAUAUACUGUCGUGUCUGGCGUUGGCCUGAUCUACAGAGUCAUCAUGAGUUGAAGCCAUUGGAUAUUUGUGAAUUUCCAUUUGGAUCUAAACAGAAGGAAGUUUGUAUUAAUCCAUACCACUACAAAAGGGUGGAGAGCCCAGUUCUACCUCCAGUGUUAGUGCCUAGACAUAGUGAAUUCAAUCCACAGCACAGCCUUCUAGUUCAGUUCAGGAACUUAAGCCACAAUGAACCGCACAUGCCACAAAACGCUACAUUUCCAGAUUCUUUCCAGCAACCCAACAGCACUCCAUUUUCCAUUUCACCAAACAGCCCCUACCCACCUUCUCCAGUGAGCAGCACUUAUCCGAGUUCCCCUGCCAGUUCUGGACCAUCUAGUCCAUUUCAGCUACCAGCUGAUACUCCACCUCCUGCAUAUAUGCCCCCUGAAGAUCAGAUGGGGCAGGAUAAUUCACAGUCUAUGGACACAAGCAACACUAUGAUUCCUCAAAUUAUGCCAAAUAUAUCCAGCAGAGAUGUUCAACCUGUUGCUUAUGAAGAGCCAAAGCACUGGUGUUCAAUUGUGUACUAUGAAUUAAACAAUCGUGUUGGAGAGGCUUUUCAUGCAUCUUCCACCAGUGUUUUAGUGGAUGGAUUUACAGAUCCUUCUAACAAUAAAAACAGGUUCUGCUUAGGAUUGCUGUCCAAUGUUAAUCGCAACUCAACUAUUGAGAACACUCGGCGACAUAUUGGAAAAGGAGUUCAUCUCUACUAUGUUGGUGGAGAAGUCUAUGCUGAGUGCUUAAGUGACAGCAGCAUAUUUGUACAGAGCAGGAACUGCAACUACCAUCAUGGCUUUCACCCUACAACUGUGUGCAAGAUUCCCAGUGGCUGCAGCCUUAAAAUUUUUAACAAUCAAGAGUUUGCUCAGCUUUUAGCUCAGUCUGUCAACCAUGGAUUUGAGGCCGUGUAUGAGCUCACCAAAAUGUGCACCAUUCGAAUGAGUUUUGUAAAGGGUUGGGGAGCGGAAUACCACCGGCAAGAUGUCACAAGCACCCCAUGUUGGAUAGAAAUUCAUCUUCAUGGGCCCCUUCAGUGGCUGGAUAAAGUACUUACACAAAUGGGCUCACCACUGAAUCCCAUCUCUUCCGUUUCAUAGUGCUGCAGUAUUACCUUCAACUCUACUUUUAGUGAACUUAUUUUAAUUCUAGAGAAACUUCCAGUGUGGAUACUGUAAGUUAGAUGGAGAACAGACAUGGUUUAACUUUUUACCCCCUUUGUGACCAAUUCCAUUACAUGUUUUUGAUUUAUUUUUACAUUUCAGUUUGUUCUUGUGAUAUUAAAAUGACAAUUGAGCCCUAUUGGGAGAAGGUGGGGGGCAAAGUCUCUUGAAAAAUUUGCAACACUUUUUCCCCCCUCUUCAUAUGAGACUUAAACAGGUAUAUAUCUAACUGGAACAUAUUUUCUUCACUGUCACAUAGGGACAAGAAUUUUGAAGACAAAUUUUAGGAGUAAAUACAGAUCAUAGAUUUUUAGUGUUAAUAGAACUGUACAUUCUGUUUGCUGAACAUGUGUGGCUCCAGAUUACAAUCAGUAUUUUGUGUGUAGCUGUGUAACAUCUUAUGGAAGACUUCUGUCGUUAAAAAAAAAAAAGUUUCUCAAUUUGAACAAUGUGAUUUAAAUGUACACACUUUUUUUUUAAGAGAUUUUAACAGAUAUGGACGGUAUAAAGACAUUUGCAUUAACUUUUGGAAAGUGCAGUCACAAACACACUAUAUAUGUUGCAGAAUAUAAAUUAUUAGCCUUGUCCCAUUCCAAUUUUAUAACAUUGCUUUUAACAACCAUUUUAAAGAGUAAUUGAUACAAGGUAAACUUUUCGCACUGCUGUGGACUAGUCAGUUCUUGUUUUGCCUUGAUAUAAACCCUUGCUGUUUUGGUUGUAAUUGCCAACACCUGGCUUUUUAGGUACCCUUUUGUAUUUUAGCGUACACACCACUUUUUAUAAAUGGCAGUACUUGCAUUGCAAAGGAGCUAAGUUCUCUAGCUGUCUGUUUUUUACCUAUCCAGAAUUGGCAUGUUUUAAGCCUCUUAAACCACUUAGCAGUUAUUAUGCAGUAUUAGUGAUACCCUAGACUUCACUUCCAGUGCAGAUUUGAUUUAUCUCUCUUUCUCUCCUACUGAUUUGAAGACUGGCUUAGCAAAUUGGUAAUUGAGUGCAGAACCUUUUUAUUUCUAGAUCAAAUGCAGAUGUGGUAGAUAAUUAUCAAAAAUCAUUAUUGUAAAGACUCACGUCCUGUGUGAAAUGGUAGUCUUCAUCCUAAUCCUGAUGAAUGAGUUUCUCCUCAUAUAGUCUAGGCCUACAGUUGGCAUUCUUAGCAGAGAAGCUAACAAUUGAAUGCAGAUCGAGAUUAAGUUGCCCUUUCUCCCACAUAGGAAAUCCUUCAGGGUCAAGGUUGAUGCACGCUGGUAUAAGGCUGUGAGAAAGCUUGUACUGCAGCUGCCUGCUGUAUUUGUUGUCACUAAUUGGAGGACUUCAGUGCCUAGGCUGUCAAUACAAACACUAAAUAAAAAAAAGGGGGAAUCUAUGGGUAAUUCCUUUCCUUUCCCUAAGAAAAUGAGGGAAAGAAAUGUAUUGUGGAGAAUACUUGGUGCAGUGAAUUAUGGCCUGACUCUUUUAAUUCUGAAGUUUUAAUGUGCAGAGUGCAAGGCCUGUUGUGUAUAAUACUAUUCACCUUCCCCUUUCCCUAUCGCAAACACAUGUUAUUUACCCACCCAUAUAAAAUGUUUGGGAGGUAGGCUGAAAACUCUAAAACUCAUGUACUUAUUAAAGGAUGCUUUGUAGUUAGCUACUGCAGUCCCAGGGUUUUGCUCACGUAAGUUCUUCUUGUGUCCUUUUAUUGAAUGACAAAGUUUGUGCUUAAAUGUGGUAAUCCCUGUAUCACCGAGUACAUAAGUAAAUCAUCUUUUUAAAGGAACAAAAUUGUUUACAUAUCAUGAUAAAUUCUGUUUCUUAUGAAAUGCCUUAAAGGAAUAAAGCUAAACUGAUCAUGUUCACAGAUCUAUAAUGCUGUCUUGUACAGGAAUAAGUAUUUGUACUUGAUUUUAAACACUUUCUCCAGCAUUCUAAAAAUAAAACAUUUUCAGGAAAAAGAGGAGUAACAUUA